AUGCCAAUAUGCGAUCCUGAGAAAAUACAGUCAAACAGUACAUUUAAGCUAAUUAAAAGUAAACUUAUAAUUGGUUUAGUAGUACUCAUCAUAAUAUUCGACUGGUUCAGCGUUACAAUCGCCGUGGGUGUUGGUCUCGUAACGAGAAACCGUCAGGGUGGAUUUGGAUUGGGGUUAGCUAUUAUAAUAGUAUUCAACGUUUUGUUUUUGAUAUUUUGCGCAAGUUACGCUGCUACCGUUCUCAUACACCCUGGAUACAUCGAUCAAUCCUACACUCCAAAUUACAUUCCAUCUAGUAGAGGGGAUAAUGACAAAGAAACGACAAUAAAACAAUCAGAAAAUUUCCCUCCAACAUUUAGAGUACAAGAUGCCCGAUUCGAGCCCACGUUUUGCCAGGAAUGCAGGAUCUGGCGCCCUGCUAGAGCACAUCACUGUCGUCAUUCUGGUCGCUGCGUCUGGGAGUUUGAUCAUUACUGCCCCUGGAUUGGUCAGUCAGUUGGUGGCAAUAACCACAAACACUUUAUAACUUUCCUCUUCUGGUGUGUCGUCAUACUUUCCUUCACUUCAAUCGCGCUCGGAUGCGCAUACCCUAGUUUAACUUCUGAUGAACACGGUGAUGGACUCUGGAGUGGACGUGGACGUGGUCCGAUCAUUGGAGCUAUAUCAAUAUCUGCAUUUUUCGCCUUCUUCGUCGCUGGACUUCUCUUCAACCACAUCUGGUUGGCAUGCGAUAGCGUCACAACGUUUGAAGAUAUGUUUGACGUACGAACGAUACGAGCGCGCGACCAGAGUGUCCUUGCUCAGCAUUACGAAUCCUGGCAACUUCGUCAGCGGAAGGCAUGUCGGGAUCAUUGGUAUUACAUAUGGGGACACCCCCGAAAAGAGGGUAACCUUUGGUGGCUGGAUUCAUCCUACCACAACUGGUGUUCACGAAUGGGAUCAAACCCGCUGAUUUGGUUUGUGCCCUUCGCUAAAGAACCUCACGAUAUCUACACUAUAGAGUACAAUCCACGUUUCGAUGAACAUGGCAGAGCCCGCCAGCGGCAAGAUUGGCCUGCUCAUCUCCGUUAA